CACCACUUUAGUACUCUAUUCAGAAACAUCAGAAUCUCUUAUGAGAUUGAUUAGCUGACACCAUUAUUUCUGUCUCUUCUCGCACCAUGUCAAUGCGAUUAACUUCGUAACAAUGAGUGAGACGUGUGCCAAUCCCCUACUACUGGGGUGGAUCAAAGAAUGGCUAGACGAGGCUCGAGAGCGCAACAGCAAGGGUGCCAUUGUUUAUAAAAAGGCCUACGAGUCGAUGAAAGCUUGUCCCUUGGUUUUUCAACACCCCUCCGAGGCUCAGCAGCUAAACGGACUUGGCCCCAAAUUAUGUGAUCGCUUGACCGAGAAGCUAAAGGCUUACUGUGAAGAAAAUGCGCUCCCGAUGCCCGAGCAUCCUCAAAAAUCGGCAAGCAGCAAAAGAGCAUCCGAUGAGGGCACGGCAGAAAGCCAGCCAGCCAAGAAACCUCGAAAGGCAAGGCCUUAUGUACCGACUCUACGAUCGGGCCCUUAUGCGUUGAUCCUAGCCCUGGCAACCCUCAAUGAGAACUCUUCUCAAGGCCUAACCAAGGCACAACUGAUUGACUUGGCGCAGCCGAACUGCGACAGUUCGUUCACGGCACCUGCCGACUCGUCCAAGUUUCAUACUGCCUGGAGCUCAAUGAAGACGCUUCUGCAGAAGGAGAUUGUAUAUGAUUUUGGGCGCCCUCUGAAAAAGUACGCACUCACAGAAGAGGGAUGGGAGGUGGCGAAAAGGAUGAAGAAGGUUGCUCUGCCUUCCAAUCAAGGCACUUUGGCGUUUGGAAAUCAAUCGGGGCCAGGUACAACCCAUACCGGGGACUCUCAAUUACAGGACAGCAUGGGUGGCAACAUCACAGAGGUAAUCGACGACGAAGAAGCACCCACCGCCCGUAACGAUACCCAAAGAUGGGAAUCUACCCCAGACGGAACAGUAACACCCAUAACAAUUCCCCCCGAUAGCUUCACAGUCCAGCUGGUUCUGGACAACCGCGAAGUCCGCUCAUCCAAAGACAGGGAUUACAUUACCAACGAACUACACAAAAAGGGAGCCAGUCCCGAAGUGCGCGCACUAGAACUAGGCGACGUCAUGUGGGUAGCCAAAUUCCACAACCCAACGUUCCUAUCCCAAUACGGCGAAGAAGGCGACGAAGUCAUGCUCGACUGGAUUGUUGAGCGCAAGAGAAUCGACGAUCUCAUCAGCUCCAUGAAAGACGGACGUUUCCACGAACAAAAGUUCCGUCUCCGUCGUUCAGGCGUAAAAAACGUCAUCUACCUCAUCGAAGAGUUCACCGUCCCCUCAGACCCCAACAGCGCCAUGGCAGGCAAAUACAACGAAAUGGUAGCCUCCGCCAUAGCCUCAACACAAGUCGUCAACGGCUACUUCGUCAAGAGAACCAAGAACCUCGACGACACGAUCCAAUACCUAGCUAGAAUGACCAUCCUAUUACGCAGAAUGUUCAACAACCCCUCUGCCACCGGUGAACCACCCUCCAACACCCUCAGUCUAAUCCCUAGUCGCCAGCUCUCCUCCUCCCAAUCAUACCUCACAGCCCUGGAACGUCUCCGAGCAGAGAGCCCCAAGACCACUUACGCCGUGACCUUUUCCACCUUCUCCGCUCUAACCUCCAAAUCCGACGUCUUAACCCUCCGUGACGUGUUCCUGAAAAUGCUCAUGUGCAUCCGGGGCGUGACAGGCGAAAAGGCACUCGAGAUUCAACGAAGGUGGCCGACUCCGCAGGCAUUUAUCCGUGCUUUUGAGGAGCUUGAUCCGAAGGAUCGGGAGAAUAUGGUUUCAGAACGGAUGAACACGCUUGUUGGACGGAAGAAGAUCGCGAAGGUUCUGAGCAAGAAGAUCGCAGAGGUGUGGGGUGAGGAUGGUUGAUACAUUUUCAGAGGGAUGGGGAAUGAAUUAAGAGUACUAAAUUACGAGUGACGCAUGAGGGCGGAAUCCAUUCAAUAUAUGGGACGACUUUAACAUAAAGCGCACUGUUGGUGACUUGAUGACCAGUACAUUCAAUCAGUUAAAGAGAACAUCAGACAAGAGCCUCAGAUACACUACAAACUACUAGUACUAGCAAAUGCCUACCAGACU